GCGGGCCAGGCUCGGGAGUGAUCUCGGAGGGCUGAGCCAGACCGGUUGUGCGGCGGAAGCCAAAAUAGAUUUAAAAACUAGCCGUGACCGCGCCGUGUACGCAAUAAGCCGGACGCGGUGAAUAAAAACCAGCUGUGACAGCGGUGUGCAAAGGAAGCCACCGACGUGACGAGGACCGGCCGCCGGACCCAAAGAAGGGAAAGCAAGGAUCCGACAUGGACAACCCAAGGACCAGCGACGCACAGCCUGUAGAGGCAGAAGAUGGCACGGAGGGGCAUCCUAGGGGUGCGUCGCCGCCCAGCUCAAGGCAACCACGGUCCACGACCAGCCAACCACAAGCAAGACACCACUCUCCGACCCCGCAAGCAGAACCGGGCAACACCACGCAGCAUGGACUAUCAACAGGAGAACCCAAACGGCCCGAUCCCGGACACCAGCUGGGACGACGGGUGGCACGCCAGACUGCAGGAGUGGGACGCGCAGGAGGAGGCGGCAGCCCCGGAAAGAAGGGAGAAUCCCGAUUGGCAGCCGCUGGACCACGCACCAAUGAAGUGGAUAUCGCCAGUUUCCACCGACCACAACCCUCCGAACCCGGAACCGACGAGCUGCACGGCCCGAGAGGCCGAACCAGGAAACGCGAGCCAACCAAAGGAGGACAGCGACCUGUCAUUGGGUUUGGAAGAGGCAGAGGCGGGCGGACUGCUCACAGCGUUCGAGGAGAUGCCCGAGCUAAACACGCUGCAGGAGGAGCAGGAAUGGCCAAUCGCCCCAGUCGCCUGGCGGGUAAGCACGCCUGACCGCCGCAUCCCGCAAAGCCUGUUGGAAGGCGCCAGCGCUCAGGCAAACGCGGCGCGUCACGCGCGCAGCCGGAUCCGCAGCUUAGAACACCACGACGGCCAACGCUUCCGCGUAUGCAUCAGCGGGAAUUUGGUGCGCAUUUCACCGCGCCCCACCCCGAAGUAGGAAGGGAGUGUGAAGGCAUAAGCCUCCACAGCACUAACCACGACACCAUCCCCUGGAGGGACCGCCCCGACGGCUGGUUAUCUAAUUUCAUUAUUUCAUUAUCACUUUUUAUCCGAUUCUUAUUACUUCUAUUAUACUUAGUAUUACUUAGACAACGAACAAUGAAUCCUUAUUUUCCCCAAUUAAAAUAAGAAAUAGGCUAAGAAAACCCCUAAAAUAGUGAGCCGUUUUACUUAUUAGCAGCGAAGAGACAACACGAAAGAGAGACGCCUACUACGGCCACGCAGCAAAGAGAGCCGACAUGGAAGAGAAGGAAACGAAGAGACUCGCCGGUCGCUCUUACGCCCACGCAGCCAAAGCAAGAGAGAACGGCCGAAGGCAAAGGAACAGCAUGCAAGAGAGCGAAGCGGCAGAGAAGCCGCC